AUGGUAGCACUAAAAAAAAUACAGGUUUUCGAAAUGGUAGAUCAAAAAGCUCGACAAGAUUGCUUGAAGGAGAUAGAUCUCCUUAAGCAGUUGAACCAUGUAAAUGUCAUCAGAUAUUACGCGAGUUUUAUCGAUAACAAUCAGCUUAACAUUGUUCUGGAACUUGCAGAAGCUGGGGACAUGAGCCGGAUGAUCAAGCACUUCAAAAAGCACGGUCGCUUGAUACCGGAACGGACCAUAUGGAAAUAUUUCGUUCAAUUAGCUAGGGCCAUUGCUCACAUGCACUCCAAAAGAAUUAUGCAUAGAGAUAUCAAACCAGCAAACGUCUUUAUCACUUCUGAAGGCGUUGUCAAGCUAGGAGACUUAGGUCUGGGUCGCUUCUUUAGUUCCAAAACAACUGCUGCUCACUCGCUGGUCGGCACUCCUUACUACAUG